GGGGACGAAUUUGAGCGAGAUGGAUGCAAUCAGCCAAUUACAAGAGAAAGUGAAUACAAUCGCGACAAUCGCGUUCACUACCAUCGGAACACUGCAGAGGGAUGCUCCGCCUGUCCGAAUCUCUCCGAAUUACCCAGAAUCCGGAUCUGGGCCGGCUCCGGCUCCGAAUCCGAACCCGACAGCGGACAGUGACGCGGAUUUCGCGAAGCAACCCAAGCUGAUGAGUGCUGAGCUAGUGAAGGCAGCUAAGCAGUUUGAUGCAUUGGUGGCGGCACUUCCGUUGUCUGAGGGGGGAGAGGAAGCUCAGCUGAAGAGGAUUGCACAGCUUGAGGCUGAAAAUGAUGCUGUGGGCCAACAACUUGAGAAGCAACUCGAAGCUGCAGAGAGAGAAUUGCAAGAGGUCAGAGAGUUGUUUGGACAAGCAGCAGAUCACUGUUUGAACUUGAAGAAACCAGAAUGAAGAGCCUAGUCUAGUGCAAGCAGUAGUUGUUGACAUGUUUCUUAAUGGUGUAAGUUUCAUUAGGAAGAUGUAAUUUUGACUGGAACAAGGGCCAGAAUUUCAAAUUUAAGUGACAGUAUUUUUAGAAACCACCUUUUAUUUGUGGGCAAAUGCUUUGAUUCUCAAGAGGAUAAAGCUCAACCACCUUCUUCUUGUAAUGAGCCUUAUGGCUAAAGUUAAGGUUUCUUUCUGUAUGUAACAAUGAAAUCAAAUGACCAUCCGGCA